AUGCGAAUCUCCGCCGGAAGAGGUUCAACGGGGAGGAUUUCCCGCAAAGGCGCGUCAAUCCGAACCUACUUAGAACCUGACGACAUCCCACGAGGAGCAUUAGGAGCCAUUGGAGCCGAACCAGGAAGUGGUUCAGGCACGGGGGUGCCAGCAGGGUUAGGCGAAGGUUCCGGAUUAGGAACGCCCGGGAGACGAACCCCUGUGAAAGCAGCAGCGGGGGAAGGCCUAGCGGGGAGCUACGGUGACGAUUCCGCGCAGAUCGCCGCAGCGACUGCAGCAGCAGUGGCAGCUGCUGCCGAGUCCGGGUUGGGUAGAGUGGGGAAACGGCCUCCGCGCGUGCCAUCGACGCUAGGCGUGGAUGAGGAAUUCGAAGGGCCGGACACGUCUUCUCUCGCCGCGUUUCUGCUGUCGCUGAUUAGUAUCAAUCCGCGCGGGAACAAGGCGAGUUCUGACACGUGUUCGGAAUCUGGAGGGUCCUACGUGGACUCGGAUUUCGAGGAGGAGGAGUAUGAGGAGGUGGGGGAGGAGGACGGUGGGGUCGUGGACGUCACCCCGUCCUCUUCCUCCUCGUCGCUCUCUGCCGAUGCUGGAUGUGGUGACGUGGCGCUGACGUCAGCGUCCAGGCUGGAGGCGCGAGAGAACAACAACGGGGCGAAUCAAGGGGGCGUGGCGACGUCAGCAUCCGCUGCUGUGUCGUCAGCAUCGUCAGUGACACUCGUGUCAGCUGCAGGCGCAGUUUCAGGAGCAGUGUCAGUAUCAAGAGCAAGUUUAGCCGGAGCAGACGAGCAGCUUCAGCAGAGGAUGUCCGAACCUGCUGCCAGAUAUGAUGGAGGAGUCGUUCCUGCUGUCCGACACGUGUCGCUCCGUGAUUUGCCAGAGCCUGCCUGCAAUUGCCAGUGGACGCGAGUGGGUUCUCCUGUACAGCACAUUCAAGCACGGCAUCUCUCUAUCGACCCUUUACCGCCGCAGCUCCAUGAUGCCAGGCCCCUGCCUGCUGGUGAGCCCCUCUCGAUUCUCGUUUUGACUUUCAUCCAUCCAUCCGUUCACGGCAUUUCUUUAUCGACUCUCUGCCGCCGCAGCUCCAUGUUGCCAGGCCCCUGCCUGCUGGUGGUGACUGAGGAUAACGGCACCGUCUUUGGCGGCUUCUCAUCUCAAGCGCUUGUAGCCUCGAAUCGCAGAAAAUACCAGGGAUCCAGUGACGUCUUUGUGUUCACCACCAUUACGGGGGAGCCCACGGUCUACAAGGUUACAGGGGCCAACCGCUACUUUAUCCUGUGUCUGAACGAAGCUCUUUCUUUUGGAGGCGGAGGCCACUUCGCCCUGUGCCUGCAGGAGGACCUCCUGACGGGCUCCAGCGGUGCGUGUGAGACGUUCUGCAGUCCGUGCCUUUCCAAGUCUGAGGACUUCAAGAUCAAGCAUGUCGAGGUGAGGGUGGAGAGCGCAUGUGGAGGUGAGGGUGGGGAUAGCAUGUGGACGUGA